CCCAACCUUGACCCUCUCUGCUUCCCCCUCACCCGGUCUGCACUGCAUCCCGACUGCAGGAGCCCACUCUUUCGCUCCUAACAAAGCCGUCCAGUUUUACCCGGUGAUGUUUUCCCUGGGCAGGACUUUGCCGGGAGUUCUUUAAACAUGUGGCUUUUUUUCCCUGCAGGUUCUAGAGAUAACAUAUCUCCUAGCACUGACAAACACGAAACCUCUCAGUUACAGACUAAAACCUGCUCUGAUCUUGACACAGAGAAGAAAACAUCUGCCGUAUCUAAACAUGUUCCUGAAUUCUCCAAUAAUGAGGUUAGCCUGCAGGACAGCUCACAGGCAGAAAGCAUACAGGCUAGUCAGGAAAUCCUGGGCUGUGGAAUUGUUAGGCCUGCCCCUGCGGAGAAAAAAACCCAAACCUCCAGAAGCCUGAUGAAGCUGAGGAGACGGACGAAGCCUCUGGUAUCAGAGGAAAGGGAAUCAGUGCGUGAUAUGCAUCUAAUCGAUGCUGACGAAAUGGUGAAAAAACAAAUUGCCAGUACAGAGGAACUUCAGUCACCAGUCUUCAGGCGAAGCAGUCUCUCGAACACUGAGGAAGAUGCUCAAAGGGCAUCCAGACCAGCACUUGCACAGAGAGAAGAAAACAGUUUCACUCCUCCCAAUGCAGCGUUGGGAGUUGUACGAGACAUGCUUGAUGGCAGUGUCCCUGCAGGAGCGCCUCAGCCGUUCCCGUGUGUGCUGAGGGACAGCAGCGAUGUCUGGCAGCCCAAGUCCCCGAGUGCUGUGGCCGCAUUUGAUAACUGUGAGCCUGCAGAGCUGUGCUCAGAGCACGGUGACUCUGUUUUACUUGACACCAGUGGUGAUAGAGGAAAAGAAUCCUCCAGUAUAAUAAAACAAACGGACGGCGAGAGUAUGUGUGAAGAUCAGGGAGAAUUACACAGGCUCUUGGAUUUAAUGUCAGAAAAUGAAGUAUUGCCUGCUGACGGAAAUAGCACUCUAGCUAAUGAGAGCAACGGCCGCGAAGGAAAUCCAAGUGACGCUAAUCACUUAAAUCCCUUUCCUACAGAUCUUGCUCUGGGCAAUGUUGAAGAACUGUUGGAGAAUCAACAGCUUGAAGUUCAGUCAAGGGUUUCUCACCCAGAAAAAGUGACAGCUCCUGAAAGCACACUGAACUCUUGCACGGUUGUUGAAGGGCUUCUCUUUCCGGUUGAAUACUAUGUCAGGACAACUCGACGCAUGUCUAAUUGCCAGAGGAAAGUGGACCUUGAUGCUGUAAUUCUCAGCCAGCUGGGCAGAAGCAAGAAAGGUCAGCGAAGCAAGUGCAGGCAGAAAGAUGCAAAUGCAGAUCGGCCCUCCCAAGAAAGAGUCGAAAAUGAUUUGGAGUCAGGGGUUCUGCUGUUCCCUUUUCUUGGUGCAGAAAAUGAUCCAGCAAAUACAAGCAGUCCUCAGAAAUCUCUUCCUGCGUCCAGUGGGAGCAGCACUUCACUUGGAUCGAUUUCUCAAAACAGUAUCACUAGCACAAAGCGAGAUCAGAGACAAUCACAGAGGAAACAGAAGGGAAGAAGAAAGUCUACCUGCAAGCGCCCCGUGCAUCAAGUGUCACAGGAACUUAUAGAGAGUUUGGAUCUCGUAAAGCCGAGGGAAAGCAGUAGUCUGCUGCCAAGUGAGUGUCAGAGUGAAAAGGAAAACUGUGAGGCUAAUCUUGAAAAGUCAUCCUCAGGUGAGAGGUUGUCUGCUGCUGCAGCUCGUGGGUCUGGAGAGACAAAAGUCACUGGUGCUGUACAGCCAGCGGGUGCUGAUCCUCAUCCUGCAGGAAGCCAAGCGCUUGGCAAAUGCUGUAAGACUCUGUUGGAACAGGGUCAAAAUCCACAUCAGGACAGCGGUUCUCUGAUCCCAGGGAAUGAAACUUUUGCCAGCUGUAUGGGAGAUCUGGAAGCCAACUUAACUGCGGGUCAGGCUGGUGAACAUCUAGAGGAUGUUAAGGAGCAGCAUGUGCAAGGAGCCUGCACGGCUGAGCAGCUCCUAGCAAUUAAUGUCCCUCGGCACCGCUCCCUGCGUUCCUCUGUGAGACAGAGAGCCAGUCAAGUCUCAAAAGAUGAGAGCGAAAGAGGACGUAGCUAUCCAAUGGGUGCAGAGGGUCCUGCUUCUCUUGGCCUCCCCGCUACGGACCAUGAUAUUUGCGGCUCUCUCUUCUCCUUCCGCAGUCUCCAGUGGCUGGGCCCCAGACUGGGUAUCAGGGACUUUCACUUACCGGAUGAGGAAUUUGGACUACUGAAACUUGAGAAAUUAGAAUCUUCCCCUGUGAAUGACUUGGAGGUUUUUGUUCCUAGUGUGUUUAAAGACGGUGUGGCUUCAGAGGACACACAAGAUGCACAAACGAAUCCAGAAGAAAAAAGUCUCAAGAGUAAUCUGAUUUCGCGUUUCAAAAAUGGAUUGCCCAAGUCACCUCACUUAGAAAGCCCAGCUUCCAAGGAGGAACUUUCCACCCAUGAACUGCUAUUCACUCCUGUGGGGACUGUCUUAGCUGGUGCUCCCACUCAGCCCGAGUCUCAGAUUUCCUCAUCUGUUUUCCCUGUCCUGGGUGCAACCCCAGCUGUUUUACCACCAGUAUGUAGUGAGGUCUCCCCCCGUACACCUUCUGUACCUCCCUCGCAAGCGAGCCUGCACUCCUCCAAAGGAGCAUCUGCCCGGGUCGUGGAUGAUGGGGAAUGCAAGGACUCUGCCAUUCCCCUGCCCUGUGGUGCAGGAUCUGCUAGAAAAGAGGAGGAGCAAGGAGCAAUGUUUCCUUUAGAAGCUGAAAGAGGUCCUGAAAAUAAAUCUGAUGAGGCCGUGGCCUUGGAGAAGCAUCAGCAAUCAGAGAGCAAAGAGCAGAGAUCCUGUAGAGCUUCUCCUGAACAGGUGCUGAAUGUAAUUUCAAAGUUGAAUUAUCCUCAUUCUUUACUUGUUUGUGCAGAAAAAAGAUGUAGCAGAACGGUUGACUCCAGCACUGCUUGAUGGCCUGAGAGAAGAGAGCUUGCAGCUUGUAUCAAAGCUAAAGGAUUCUUCAAGUUCCUGCGCUGUGGAUGUGAGUACCAUGUGGUGGGAGGCAGCCGGCAGCAGAGAGCUGUGUGUGGUGACUGCUUG